UAUGGUGGUACAAAGUGUCAUAAACCAAACCUGUUUUGAAGGAACACAUUUCAUACUCUACAGUUUCUAGAGCUCUGUUUACAGUCAAUAUUAGCAGAGAACUCACAAGUAAAGCUCAACUAGUCGGUUAAGAGGAAGGGGCACCGGGUGGGCUUCUCACAGAUUGAUAUGGGACUAGACCAGUCCUCUUCAGGAUUGUGAGGCCUCCUCUCUGAGUGGUAUAAUGAGUUAUCAGCAGGGGGCUGAGGCCAUCCAUAAAGAAAGACAGAAGGAUGGGUCACCAAACAAGGAUCUUGAUGAGACCAUGGACCCUGAUAUGAGGGGCCAAUCAGAGAGAGCUGAGUCUAUUUCCUCUGGUUUUCUAUCAAUGAAGACUGACCGAUCCAUGGUAUACCCUCUUGAUUUCAAAGGAGCAGACUCUCUACAAAACAAAGGGCCAGUAGAGGUACCCUGUGAUAUCUGCUCUGAGGUUCAGGCUGUGAAGUCUUGUCUGACCUGCAGUGUGUCCUACUGUGAGACCCACAUCAGACAGCACUAUACAAUACCUAAACUAAAGAGACACACACUGGUGGAUGUGACGGGAGACCUGGUGCAGAAACUCUGUCAACAUGACUACAGUCCUCUGGAUGUGUUCUGCAGGACAGACCAGAUGCUGAUCUGCAGUCAGUGUGCAGAGAGUAACCACAAAGGACAUGAUACCAUCCUCCUUGAGACAAAGAAAGCAGGAAGACAGCCUACGAGUUUUGGAGACCAACACACAACGCUGGCCUCAGAUGAUGUGCUGCCCCCUCCUGGUGACAUCCAGGUCCUGUUGCUGACGUCAGACUCUGUGUCUCUGAGCUGGGGUCCUCCUAAAGGGCUGAAGGGACCACAGAAGUUCAGAGUGACCUGGGGUUGCGACGUGGAACCGUGCAGUCUAGGGGUGAAAAAUGUUCAUGAAGUUGAAAUAAGCAGACUCAACCCUGGUAAAAAGUACCAGUUCAACGUGGCUACAGAGGGAGAAGAUGGAAGCCAAAGCAGAUGUGUCUCAGCAUCCCUAUCAGCAGUACCCCCUGCUCCAGACCAGCUGACUGUUGACUCAGGGGACGCCACAUCAGCUGCUGUUAGCUGGAGCCAGCCACCAGGAUUGGACCAAACCCGACAUCAUUACCAGAUCUCCUACCACUGUCCAGGGGCAGAACCACACAUCACUACCACAUCUUCACCCAGCAUCACUCUCUCUGACCUGCAAGGUAGUACUCAGUACUCUGUCUCUGUCUGCACUAUGCUGGAAGAUGGAAGGCAAAGUCAACAGGUGUUAACAACCCUCACCACAAGAUCCUAUCUUAUGGAGCUGUUGUCAAAGACUGGACUAGAAGAUCAUUAUGAAAACAAGCUGACGUUAAGUACUGUCCUUGAGAUAAAUGCUAAUACUACAUCAGAUGAACCUCUUACCACUAUGCAGUCACUUCCAGGGGCCUUCCUUAAGAAAUUAAUGAUGGCAAAUCUGAAUGCAAGGAGUGUAAAAUGUAUGUCCUCUGAUGCAGGUGUUUCAUUUUGGGGAACAGACCGUUUUGAGAAUCUAAAAAGUGACUCUGCCAACAGAAAUGUAAUUAAUCCACUGGACCUGAUAACAGCCCUGUUUCUGUGCUCAGAUGGUUUCCUGCAGCAGGAAAUGGUCCAGAAAAUGUCCAUGUGUCAGUUUGCUGUUCCUCUCUUGCUGCCCAACUGUGACACAAAAGAAAGCACUUUGAUGCUGUGGGCCUUAAGGGACAUAGUGAAGAAGUUUAGACUCUCUUCCCAAACAUCCACAAAGGCUUUUGUGGAGGAGAGAAUUGUACUCUCUGAUAUUCCCAUGGUGUCCUUUGUUAGGUUAGGGGAGAUUAGAGUGUCCAAGUCUCAGAUCUUGAACAAACUGCUUAGUAACCCUCAGCAGUACCAUGACACAUUUGUUCAUCAUGAUAUGGAAUGUGGUGACAUCACUCAUAGAAUCUCAGAUGGUCUGGUUGAAAUCAGCUGGUACCUUCCAUGUGGGAACAGAAACAUCGACAUCUUCACUAAGCCUAUGGUGGUGGCCAAUCUCAGAGGAGACAUCAGGUCCUUUGAAAAACAGUUCUCCUUUCUGUGUCAAACAUCAGCUGCAGUUUACAUUUUCACUGAUGAUUUAAAGGCAUAUCUCAAUUUGUUGAAAAGCAAAAACACAAAAGCAGAGUUAUUUCUGGUCGUCAACUCUCAAAGAAAAUCGUUCAGUGUAGACACAUUGAAACAAAUGAUCACAAAUGGCAGUAUCAAUGACCAAAAUGUGAUUGUGAAGAAUAAGAAAAACGAUGCAGAAUUUGUCAAAACCCUGCAAUCAUCUGUUGGUGACGUCAUUGAAAAAAGUCCAGACCGGUUGACAGUGGAAAACAUGACUGACGUGGCUUGUCACAUUGGGAUUUUGGUUGAUGAAGACCGUGAUGAAUGUCAGAGUGCCAGGAAGAGAGCAGAUGAAAUCACCAGGAACAUCACAGACACAGUCAAAUUCAAAGACAAACAACUACCCUUACAAGGGCAAAUCUGGAAAGAGCUUUCCCAGUUGGAGAAAGAGGGAUGUAGGCUUAGAAAAACAGGGGGUCAAGACAUUGAACAUUACAAGAGCUCUCUGAAGAAAAAGGAGGAAGAGCUGAGAGAGAAGCAACAUACAUUUGACAUGUCAGAUGCAAUGGCAAGCUUUAUGUUAGGAUUGUCAGGUUCAGGAGCGGAGCGUUCCUAUUUCCUUAAAUGGAUGCGGAUAAAUCUGGACAAUCUUUCACGUCAGAACCUGUCUGGUUUGCGGGACCGGUACAAAGAUCUUUGCCAAAAUUCUCCGGAGAAUAAAGACGACAUUGCAGUUAUGCAAUUAUCUGACUGUUCCUUAGGUCUUGAACACUUCCUGCGUGAGUUGGGCCAGUUAUAUGAAGCUUCCUGCUCCCUCCCUAAAAGUAGCCGACAAUGGAAACGGAUGGAGCAUCUCCCUGGAUUGUGUGCUCAGAUGCUGUUGGAUGGUUUCCCCAUUGAGCUUGUGGAUGGAGAUGCAUCAAAUAUCCCUCUGAAAUGGAUAUCAGCUGUACUGACUCAGCUUCAUACUCUUGUGGACUCUAACAGCAAGAUCCGGGUUGUGACAGUUUUAGGGGACCAAGGUACUGGGAAGUCCACUCUCCUCAACACCAUGUUUGGGGUCCAGUUUGCUGUCAGCAGUGGAAGAUGCACCAGAGGGGCCUUCAUGCUACUGAUUCAAGUCAACAAAGAACUCCAGGAGGAGCUGAAAUGUGACUUCAUCAUGGUGAUUGACACAGAGGGGUUGAAAUCACCAGAGUUGGCUCAACUAGAUGACAGUUAUGAACAUGACAAUGAACUGGCCACACUGGUGAUUGGACUCAGUGACGUCACAAUCAUCAACAUCUCCAUGGAGAACUCCACAGAGAUGAAAGACAUUCUGCAGAUUGUUGUUCAUACCUUCCUCAGGAUGAAGGUAGUAGGGAAGAAGCCAGUAUGUCAUUUUGUGUACCAAAAUGUGUCAGACAUGUCUGCUCAUGACAACAACAUGAGGGACAGGAAGAAGUUGUUGGAACAGUUGAAUGAAAUGACCCAGGCAGCAGCCAGAAUGGAGAAGAAGGAGAAUAUCACCAAGUUCACUGAUGUGAUGGAGUAUGAUCCAGACACAAGUAGCUGGUACAUCCCAGGACUCUGGCAUGGGACUCCCCCUAUGUCUCCAGUCAAUGCUGGCUACAGUGAGGCUGUGUAUGAUUUAAAAAAGAGCUUGAUACAAGACUUAAUAAAAUGCCAGAGUAAUGAUGACAUGACACAUUUCCUGAAGUGGACACAAAGCUUGUGGGAGUCUGUCAAAUUGGAGAAAUUAAUCUUCAGUGUCAGAAACAGCUUGGUUGCAGAUGCAUACUCCAGUUAAUGCUCUGAGUACAAUGGUUGGGAACGGUCCUUCCAGAAGGACAUUUAUUCCUGGAUAAUGGGUGCUGAAAGCAGAAUAUAAAACAGAUCCAAACCCCGAAAUGAGCAUAUGAAACGUGCUGAAGGACUUGUCCUUUCUUCCCAAUGGUGGAAGCAGCUUAUUCCUGUCACUAGGACAGCAGAAUCCCUGCCCAUCAGGUUCUAAGGGUUCUAAGUUGCCAGGUAGAAUAGUAGAAUACACAAGGUGCAAUUUAGAAAUGUGGUUUUGCAUCAGCAGUUUUUCUCUUGUUAUGUAAGUCACUGAUAGUCAGUCAUUUAGCCCAUGUCAGCAAUUUUCUUUUAGAUUGCUAAGUUAGUUUAGCGGCCAGCAAUCUAAACUAUUAUGGUUGAAUUACCUGAUGGGGUCUCCUAUUGAUUUUGUUAGUCAGUCUAACUCAGAUAUUAUACAAAAAAAUGCAACCAUUUUUCUCCACCCUAUGGCAAAAUGUGUAGAAUUCCAGCAAACUUGCUUUAAAUUGCCACAUUUUCUCUAAACCACAUGGCAAAAUGUGUGAAAUUGCACGAAGUUAACUAAAAAGUAUACAAAUUGUAUCUCUGCUGUCAAAAUGCAAUACAUUUUAUUGUAUGGAUGUGGGUAUACAGACCUUCGAGCAACUGUGGUCCCAUAUGAGAUAGUUUUGUGGCCCAUCCCUGGUCUAUGGCAUGGAAAGAGCAGGUGUCCUUAAUGUUUUGUAUACUCGGUGUAUACAGUCAGGAUGGAAAAAACGCUUUCAGUGGAUAAGACUGACCGGUACCUGCAGUAUAGGAAGGAAGGUGGAGUUAUACCAUACUGUAGACUGACAGAUACCUGCAGUAUAGGAAGGAAGGAGUUAUACCAUACAUACACAAUUAAUCAAAUGUAUUUAAUAAAUCCCUUUUUACCUCAGCAGAUUAUAAUUAUACAGAAACCCAGCCUAAUCCCCAAACAGCAAGCAAUGCAGAUGUAGAGUCACAGUGUCUAGAACAAACUCCCUAGAAAGGCAGGAACCUAGGAAGAAACCUAGAGAGGAGCCAGGCUCUGAGGGGAGGCCAGUCCUCUUCUGGCUGUGCUGGGUAGAGAUUAUAAUCAUACUGUUGACGACUAGUUGACUUGGACUGGAGUAUGAAGUCUAAUCUCAACAUUAGACAAAUAUAUUCACAAUUGUUUUAAUAACCAUCUUGAUUAGAAGUAAAUGUAGAUAAUGUUCAUUGUGAUUACAACAAGUAUAUCAGUGCAAGAUAGAAGUGUAACUGUAGAAAUGAAGUAAAGGUCAUUUUUUUGGUUGAUCUUUGAUAUUGUGUAUUGUCUUUGAUUUGAUUUAGUUUGAUAUUGUAUUUCAUUCAUCUAGUCUUUGAAAGACCAGCCCAAUGAUGGGCUGAAAGGGAUCCUAACGUCAUGCAGAAUGUACAUCAUGUUAUUGUCAAUGGUCCAUUAGAGUUUUAUACCUAUGGAGAUGUGAUUAAGUUUAGAUUACCAUGACAACAAGCCUCUGAAACAGAUGCAUACAUACUGUACAUUGGAAAAGGAUUUUAUUGUCCUGGUCUUCGUCUGGUACAAUUGAGAUGUAUUGUAUUAAAGGCUACUGUAGUUGCAUGCAUGCUAAAAGAUUAUGUAACAAGUUCAUUAUACUUUUGUUUAUUUUUGUCAGUUUUGUCAAACGUAAAGAAUGUGUUUACCUCUGAUUUAAUAAAAAAUUGCAGCAUUAUUUUACUGUAGAAAAAUGCAUGUAACAUUCUAUGAUUCCUCUCCCAAACAUCAAACGAACAAGGAUGUAUAGUUCAACAUUUAUUGUUAAAAAAAAAAUUUAUUGACACAAAGUUAUUUUUAAUUCAUUUCCUUUUAGGAAAUGAAAUACAUAAACAAAUGUAUGAAACUACUUGAAUGAACAUUCAUUGUAAUUCUAGUGAAUUACAUCACUCUAAUAUAAUCAGACAGUUACUAAGAACAGUGUAUCUGAUCAAUAAUCUGAAAAGAAUGUACAAUUUGUCAAUAAAUCAGUAUUUGUUAAAGAUGCAGUCCAGGAUCUACUUCAGGAUUGGUGGGUCCCCUGAGGAAUGGUUGAGCUAACGUAGGCUAAUGCGAUUAGCAUGAGGUUGUAAGUAACAAAAACAUUUCCCAGGACAUAGACAUAUCUGAUAUUGGCAGAAAGCUUAAAUUCUUGUUAAUCUAACUGCACUGUCCAAUUUACAGUUGGUAUUACAGUGAAAGAAUACAAUGCUAUUGUUUGAGUAGAGUGCACAGUUUUGAACAUGAAAAGUUAUUAAUAAACAAACUAGGCACAUUUGGGCAGUCUUGAUACAACAUUUUGAACAGCAAUGCAAUGGUUCAUUUGAUCAAUCUGAAACUUUGCACAUACACCGCUGCCAUCUACUGACCAACAUCUAAAUUGCAGCUGUGCUGGAAUAAUACAUUAUGACCUUUCUCUUGGAUUUCAAAGAUGAUGGUGCAAAUAAACUUACAAAAAACG